AUGAUUGCCGCUUUGUUAGCACCGGUAGCCCAGGCCGAGGAUAUGGUGGAUAUGGAGGGUAUGGAGGGUAUGGUGGGUACGGCAGAGGGUAUGGAGGUUACGGAGGUGGAUAUGGUGGUGGUUAUGGAGGAUAUGGUGGCUAUGGAUUUGGCCGUUAAUAGACUGGACAUAGACUACGGAUAUAUUACAAGUCAUAAUUAAAUUUAAAUAAAGGUUUUGAAAAUUUUUAGAAAUUAUAUAAAAGGACAC